UCCGUGCAGUAGUGACCAAAAGAGGUUGGUUGGGAUGUCGGUAGGAAGCCUCAAACCGUCAGUGGACGACACCUUCUAUGAGUAUCUCACCCUCAAUCUUUCCAAAGUGCUAAACGCCGUGCCUAGAAUAACUAACGUAACGUGCGAGAAGCGCUAUCCAUGCGAAGCAGGUCAAAUUGCAACAUGGGAGCAGAGGCACAAUGUCUACCUCCCGGACGACAUGAAGCGCUUCUAUCUGUCCACGGAUGGAUUCACCCUCCACUGGAGCUAUCAGUAUUCCCCCAACGACACAAGACGCGUCGGGUACAUCAACAUCCCCCAGAUAUGUCAUGUGACACUGCUGAGGGAGAAAAUUGAGAGCCUCAUGCAAGCCCAGAAUGCAUCGGGGGCAAAUAAAGGGGACGCCCCAAAUUUGUGUCUUCGCAGUAAAAUUUUCGAACUGAGCAAUAUUUGUGACAUUGCAAAAGUUUGCCUAAUCUACGAGAGUCCCGAUUUGAGUAAUCCGAAGAUUUUUCUCCUGGAAGUAGCCACACUUAAGUGGGCAUUCCUUGCGGAAACUUUCACGGAGUACCUGAGGAUGACUAUAGCGCACCUCGGAUUGCCCUACUGGGAGCUUUGCUUCUCCAACUGUGGCCUCCCAUCGUGGACGGAGCAGCUGUUUCUGUUGCUGGCACCACAUUUGCUGGAAAAGAAUGAACCGAGAAGGAGUAGAAUUUGGCAAAAUGCCCCAGAACAGCCGCCAUUUAAUGUUCUUGAUCCGGCAAUUUUUCGCACUAAACCCAAAUGUACGCGCCAAAAUCCGAAGAUGCGACAAAACUAAGAUGGCGGAUGAGAUGUUUGCUUUCGGACCUUUCAGAAAGUUGAGAAUUAAAAAAAAAGAAAAUCUAUCAUAGCGCUGAAGUAAUUUUUUGUUUAUUUAUUUAAUUUUUAGAAAAAAAAGCAAAUUAGUGAGAAAAUUGAGGAAAAUCUGCAGAUGUUCAUCAAUUUUAUAAGAAUGAUAUUCUAUUAAAGAUGUUUUUAUUUUGACUCAUGUUAAAUCGGUUAGUUCAAAAAGUUAGCACCAACCGCACCAACAAGUUUAAUUACCUUCUCAAUUCAAAGGUUUUUUCCACAAAAAAAAAACAUUCAAAUAACAAACUUAGAAAUAGACAGAAUAUAUAGCAUGAAGAAAUAAUCCAAAACCUUUAGAAAAAUCAUCGAAUAAAAAUUGUUGUUAAAUCUUAAACAAUUUUUUCAGUGUUGUGGGUGGAGUAUGCACCAUCCCAGAAUUUAUUUACACUCAACAUUUGAACUUGGUAAAUAUAUAUAUAAUGUAAAUGAGUAAGAGGCUAAUAGUAUAGAUAGUCUUGAGAAUUCGUUUAAAUUAAAACACUAAAAAGUUACUAAUCAGCUUCAUUACCAUAAACUACAUAUUUGAGGCACCUAGCGCUAGGUGACUUCCCAUACAGUUGAUUCCUGCGAUCGUCUGGGUUUCGUUGGGACAUCAAUAUGAGCAUCAGCACCACCAUCACUUAGUCGACUUAGGCGUCUAGCCCAGCUUCCACGAAUUCCUGAAUUAAUAAAGAAAAUCUUUCAAUAUAAA